AUGUGUUUCGGGGGUCGCGAAAAGACCGAUGAGUCGGGCGCCGCUCGCUCGCGCGAGCUUGAUAAGAUCAUUCGCGCCGACGAGAAGCGCAUGUCCAAAGAAGUGAAGCUUCUGCUUCUAGGAGCCGGAGAGUCCGGAAAGUCGACAGUCCUUAAACAGAUGAAGCUCAUCUAUGCUCAAGGCUUCAGCAAGACCGAGAAAAUGGAGUGGAAGCCCGUGGUGUUCACAAAUAUCCUCCAGUCGUUCCGCCUAAUUUUCGAUGCGAUGAAUGACGCGGGUAUUACGUUCGAGAACCCAGAGAACGAGAAAAACAUGGCCCAAAUGAUGGUGGACUACGAGAUGACGGCGCACGAGCCUUUACCAGAGGAGUACCUGGAACCUGUCAAGAAGCUCUGGGUGGACGCGGGCAUCAAGAAAGCCAUGGAGAAGGGCAACGAGUAUGCGCUGCACGAUAACCUGGAUUACUUCUGUGAUGAUGUGGAGCGUAUCUGGGAUAAGAACUACGUCCCUACAGACCAGGACCUACUGCGAUCGAGGUUAAGAACAACCGGCAUCACCGAGACCGUCUUCGACCUGGGGCAGCUCACAUACCGGAUGUUCGAUGUCGGAGGCCAACGGUCAGAACGGAAAAAGUGGAUCCACUGCUUCGAGAACGUCAACUCCCUGAUGUUCCUCGUGGCCAUCUCGGGGUACGAUCAGUGUUUGGUUGAAGAUAAGGAUGGCAACCAAAUGAACGAGGCCUUAAUGCUGUGGGAAUCCAUCGCCAACUCCCACUGGUUCGCCAAAUCGGCGCUCAUCCUUUUCCUCAACAAGAUGGACCUCUUCAAAGAGAAGCUCGUUAAGAGCCCCAUAACAGACCACGGUUUCACCGACUACCACGGGCCGCCGAACGACUGGGACCAGGCCAGCCAGUACUUUAUGGACAAGUUCAGGGCACUGAACCGAAACCCGGACAAGGAGAUUUAUGGUCACUUCACGAAUGCCACCGACACCAACCUUUUGAAGAUCACGAUGAGUUCCGUGCAGGACAUGAUCAUCCAGCGGAACCUGAAGCAGCUCAUUCUGUAA